AUGUCGAGCAAGGAGACAAGCUCUAGAUCGUCUCAUGCUGGCAACUCCUCAACCACCCUCGUUCGCCAAGACGUGCAGCUCAACUUCAAAACUUCCAAUCCCUCGCGAGCCUCCAAGCCUGCAACAACCUUCCAUCUGUUCCCGAACCUCCCAGCUGAGCUCCGGAAGAAGAUAUGGGAGGCAGCCCGACCUGAACCUCGCGUAGUCAGAGUAUCUACGAAGGGUAGAGAAUGGGGAUCAACGAAAGGAAAAGUGCCAGCUCUUCUUCAUGUGUGCUUUGAAUCUCGACAAAUCGCCUUACAAUGGUACAAGCUCUCCUUCAAAGAUAGCCCCAAACUCAAUGGAGGCAUUUACUUCGACCAUUCCGUCGAUUUUGCAUACAUUAGCUGCAGGAAUUGCCAAGGACGUGGCAGGUGUUGUUCAUGGUGGAAUUGUCCUAUGAGAGCCACAAUACAGACAUUCGAAGGCCAACUGUCACGCUUGGCUAUUGAAAUCGACUUCCAGGAUGCAACUUGCCCAUAUUGGAGUUUUGUGCUAGCUGAAGAGGGAUUGUUGGUUGACUCGAAGAAGGGUCUCGCAACUGAAUCAGAAGCAAAAUUGAGUCACUUCAAGAGAGCUACGGCCGUGCCAAGGUAUUCUGGCGACCGCCAGCAUAACGACUUAUUGCGCCAGUUUUAUCUCUGGUGGAAUCGGUCCGCCCUAGCAGGUAUGUCGGACAGGACUUUGAAGAACUUGACGGCUGUGGAGUAUGAGAAGCCCAACGCAUCGGCAUCUUUCACCGUCGGCGGUCAAUUUCGGAAGAUGGUGUACAAUACUGCAAUGUUGAUUGAGCAAGAAAGACAAUCAAGUUCAACCCCGAGAGGUCGACGAGUACUGAGACGAUAG